UCCUCCACCUGUCACCGCCGCAGUCCUAUCUGCUGUAUGUCCGCAGUCUCUGGUCAUCCCCUGUACUGUGUCCGCAGUCUCUGGUCAUCCCCUGUACUGUGUCCGCAGUCUCUGGUCAUCUCCUGUACUAUGUCCGCAGUCUCCGGUCAUCUCCUGUACUGUGUCCGCAGUCUCUGGUCAUCUCCUGUACUGUGUCCGCAGUCUCUGGUCAUCUCCUGUACUGUGUCCGCAGUCUCUGGUCAUCUCCUGUACUAUGUCCGCAGUCUCUGGUCAUCCCCUGUACUGUGUCCGCAGUCUCUGGUCAUCUCCUGUACUGUGUCCACAGUCUCUGGUCAUCCCCUGUACUGUGUCCGCAGUCUCUGGUCAUCUCCUGUACUGUGUCCGCAGUCUCUGGUCAUCCCCUGUACUGUGUCCACAGUCUCUGGUCAUCCCCUGUACUGUGUCCGCAGUCUCUGGGGUCAUCUCCUGUACUGUGUCCGCAGUCUCUGGUCAUCUCCUGUACUGUGUCCACAGUCCCUGGUCAUCUCCUGUACUGUGUCCGCAGUCUCUGGUCAUCUCCUGUACUGUGUCCGCAGUCUCUGGUCAUCUCCU